AUGCACUCAGAACAAAUUUUGAAACAAUUCUUAGAUGAGUUAAAAAUACAAUCCUCAGAUCCUCUAAACUUAGAUUCAGAGAAAUUCUUUAAAAAGCAGACAGGCCAAUCUGAAUAGAUUUUGAUAUCCAGGAAUGUGGGAAAAAUUAAUAAGCGCAAUACGGAAUAAUAAAGAACUAUUGUAAUUACAAGUGAAAAUUUAUAUAAUAUUGAUAAAAAAACAAUAAAAAGAAAGAUAUAAAUUCAAAAUAUUUUUGGUGUUACUGUCUCCAGAUCAAGUUUUGAAUUUAUUUUGCAUGUACCCUCAGAAACUGAUUAUCAUUACAAAUCCCAUGAGAAUAGAGACAUCAUUUUAUUUUAUUUAUCCAUAGCACUUAAACUCAAAAAUAAAGACGGUUUGAAAAUAUAUUUAGUUGAUUAAGAAGAUUUACAACCAUUUUGUUAGCAUUAGAAAAUCUCCGACCUUAAAAAAUAAGUAGCAUUACAUCCUAAAUCAAAAUUACUAUUUCUAUACCCUAAUGAUUUCUAAUUGCAAUAUAUUAACAUGCAAAACCAACCCACUAAAAGUCUGACUCUUAAUCAUAAAAUUACAGUGCUCUUUGUAAAUGAUAAAUUGAAAUUUAGAGUGAAAUUAGAUGAUUAUGAUAAGAAUGCUAUCAUAAGUAAUGGUUCUUUGACCAGAAUCUUUUUGUUAAGUUAGAAAACUGAUCGCUAAAAGGUUUUGGUCUUGAAAACAAUUAGAUCUACUGAUAUUGACGUCGAUUUAAUGGAAUUCUUUCUCAAAAGCUAUGAAAAAGAACCCUUCAUUGAAUAAUUGGAACUAUGCAUAAGACAAACAGAGUUAAUUCACUUUUUAUUUAAGUUUGUGAAAGGAGGAGAUCUCUUUGCUCAUCUUCAGAAUGUUGGUACCUUUACAGAGAGUUAAGCCAAGUAUAUUAUAGCCUAGGUUGGCAUGGCUUUAUAGAGUGUCCAUGAAAAGGGGAUUACUUAUGGAGAUUUAAAACCUGAAAAUAUUUUAGUGGAUGAAUAAGGAUAUAUCUAUUUAACUGAUUUUGGCUAUGGAAAAUUGAGAGUGUAUUAAGAGUUUAAAAAAUAAUAAAAUAUCAACUUUUCUCUCGAAUAUGCAUCUCCAGAAUAUUUGAAAUAUGGAGAUUUGACUAGAAUGUCAGAUUGGUACAGUAUGGGAAUAUUGCUUUAUGAAUUGCUCAUUGGAAUAUCUCCAUUUUAUAACACAAACAAAGAUGUUACCAUCAAAUUGAUAUGCUAAGGUGAAUUGCAUUUCCCAAAAGGAAUCCCUAUAUCUAUUGAAUGCAUAGAUCUCAUUUCUAAAUUGUUGUAGCAGGAUUCUUCUACAAGAAUUGGUUUCUCGAAUGAUUUCAAAGAAAUUCAAGCGCAUCCGUGGUUUUCAGAAAUAGAUUGGGUUGAGUUAAAACAAAAAAAAAUAGUGUUACCAUAUAUUCCAACAAUCAUUGAAGGAACUCUUAUUUAAGCACAAUAUAUAAAAUUGGAACCACUAAAAGAUGAUGAAAAGGGUUGGUACUGA